AAUUAUAUAAUGUUAGAAAUUGCUAGGGAAAAAAUUGCAAAACACAUCAGUCAAAUGACGAUGAAAACUGCAGCACCUAAAACUGCAGUUUGAGGUGCUUUUCAAUGGAUCCGGGCGGGUGGUCGGUUGAAUCGGUCAGACCAUCAAAAUCAAGAAUCGGUCACCAAACCGGUUCAACUAUUGCAACUGUUAGCUCCGCAAUUUGCGCCCCCUUAUCUGCCGACGAUAUAAUGGGGUAGGCAAUUGCACAUUUUUUAGUAUGCUUGACAGCUAUGGUUGGCUGGGCAAAUUUUGAGUUUUUCAAAAUUUUGGCACUCCACUUUUUGACCUCUCCAACUCCUUAAUUUUGCACUAUGCUUUAGAGCAAUUAUGAGUUUUGGAAUUUUGGCACUACACUUUUUGACAACUCCUUAAUUUUCCACUAUGCCUGAGAGCAAUUAUGAGUUUUGGAAUUUUGGCACUACACUUUUUCACAACUCCUUAAUUUUCCACUAUGCCUGAGAGCAAUUAUGAGUUUUGGAAUUUUGGGCACUACACUUUUUGACAACUCCUUAAUUUUCCACUAUAUUUGAGAGCUAUGGUUGGGUAGGCAAUUGGACAUUUUCGACCAUGCGUGAGAGCUAUGGUUGGGUAGGCAAUUAUGAGUUUUCAAAACUCUUCUAGAUCUUGUUCCAAUAGGCCUUUUUUUAAAAAAAUUAUUUCGUUAAA